UGUAAAUAGAAGGACGUUCCGCCUGUGGAGCAGCAGCAGUCAGAAACAUGACCAAACUGGAGCUGCUCAACGUGUUUCUGAACGACAGGCUGACCGCGGCCGCUGAGGAGAUUUUCCGCGCCGUUAAGAACACGGUGGCGGAGUACCAGGGCGAGCUGCUGCGCUCCAGGGAGGAGAACGAGCGGCUGAAGCGGCUCCUGAAUGUGGCUGUGCAGAGGCUCCUCCUGCAGCCCGAACCUCACUCGGCGCAGCCCCCAGACGAUGAGCAGCCCUGUGAGUCUGAGUGGAUUAGCAGUGUGGAGCCUCUGCCACAAAUCAAAGAAGAACCAAACCUGGGAAACUUUCAGACGGAUUGUUGUUCACAAGAGGCAAGCGACUCUGAGGGAGGGAACUGUAGUCAGGAGGAACCUCUCCAGAGGACACAUCCUCCAGCAACCCAAAGUGUGUGUAGCAGACAAAGUGUCUCCCCACCUCCACUAACAUCCCAGGAAAUGAAGGCAGAGAGGGAGAAAGAGGACAGCAGGACACAGCAGCCAGCCAACAGCUUACCCCCCCACAGGACUGUCCACUGCAGGGUGGCUCAGAGCCUUUCUGCAGCAAAGAGUCACCGGGCUGAGAGAGCAGAGCAGCAGGUGAGAGGGUUACUCCGCUCCAAUGGAAAACAGAGCAUGCACAUAAUGCAGAUCAAGAAUGUCAGAUCCCUGAAGCCGCCCCCGCCCCGCUCCUCUCUCUCCAGCCAGAGCCUCCAGAGGUGGCACAGCUGUAAAGAGUGCGGGAAGGGCUUCAGCUUCGCCUGCCAGCUGGAGGUCCACAUGCGCUGGCACACCAAGGAGAAGCCGUACAGCUGCGCAGUGUGCCGCAAGAGCUUCACCACGGUCAGCAUGCUGAAGAGGCACCACCGCAUCCACACCGGGGAGAAGCCCUUCCGCUGCCAUGUCUGCGGGAAGUGCUUCAACCAGUCGGCGCACCUCAAUACACACUUCAGGCUGCACACUAGGGAGAGGGCCGGCUGGAGCCGGGCCCCUCACUUAAAGUAAACAAAGACUCAAUACAGAGAAAGGACCAGACUUCUGUAAACUUUAAGAUGUUCCAACAGUGUAAAAUUGUUUUAGCCAUGAGCGUCACUUUGUUAGAAAAAGUGGUGGGGACACUUUUUUAAGAUGGAAAAAAACCCCACUACUGCAUUAAACCCCCACAGACAAUACAUACAUACAUACACCCUUAUGAUUACAAUACUUUCUUUUACAACUAGUGCAGUAACUAGGCUGCUGCAAAGCGGAGCAGCGAUUGCUUUACUAUUCUCUAUUCAAUUAUUACUGAUAUUAAACGUGUCGCAGGUCCAAACUGCACCACUUGGGUUCCCAGGAGCACACCCCCAGAAAGAGAGAACAGUCCUCCAGAUUGUACAUGUUCUCUUGUGCAAAUAAAGCUUUCUCAAAGAGUACAAUUCUUUUUGAGAACUAUUUUCAGAACAUUUCUAACAAAUGAUCCUAAUGCACAGUGGUGGGGACAAAAUUGGCCAUUCCUAAAGUGGUGGGGACAUGUCCCCAGUGUCCCUAGAAUAAAUUAUGCCUAUGGUUUGAACAACUUUAAAAUGUUCCAACAGUGUUCAAUAAUUGUGUGACUGUGUGUCCUGUCUGAUGUGCAAUAAAGUGUGGUAUUAAGAUUUCCAAUCCA